AUGAAACGAUGUGGGUAUUCUGGAGCGGGGUCGAUCUGGAAGGCGGUGUCGUGGGGCAAUAUCAAGCAGGGUGAUUAUAAAAAGGCUUUAUCCUUGUCUGCCGAGGAGCCUGACUCUAACCCGAAGAAACAGAAACUCUAUACAAGAAUGGCUAAGUGCCAUCUGCUUUCCCUUUCCCUUGAUGAUGCUGAGAAGUCGAUGGCUUCCCUUCCCGACGAUAGCUCUGCACAGGCGAUGCGAGCGACGUUGAAGGAUAUGCAUAAGAUCUCAAGCAUACAAGACUCUCCCGAGUACUAUGCUGUGGGCCACGAUACGGCAUACCCUCUAUGGGAUGAGCCAUUGUGGCAUGCUGGGAGACCUCGCGGGGACGUGUCUUUCCUCCUUUGUGGCAGCGGUGAUGCUCGGCAUUUGUUUCUCACAAUGGUUUUCCUGGGUCUCAGUGGCCCGAGCCAAGGAGAAAACAGGCUGUCCAACAAAGCCCAUUUCACCAUCUUAGACAUCAACGCUACUGCAUCAGCAAGAACCCUUGUCAUCUUUGACAUGGCCAUCCGAUACGUUUUCAUGCGGUGCGCGAAAAUGCCACGCAUCGAGGAUGAACUUACCGUCAUGAGCUAUAUCUAUUCCUCUGCAGCCGUCCCUGCGUUUGUUGCAGAGAAGCUAGAGGAACAUAUUGAGUCGGUGAUUGCUGAGCUUGAGGGAGACGGGGAUGCCCUCGAGAUUACCAAAGAAUUCCGUGGGCUCGGAGUUCUCUCCUCAGGAGAUAUCUUUAUCGGACGAAGAGAGCCAGCACUACGACCCUUGCUUGAUGCUUUUCGAUCCCGUGCCCAAGGUGCCAAGCAUAUCCUGGAAGGCUAUAUCGACUCUCAUUGGAAGACGAAUCGUACCCUUCUGGAUAUGGACUAUGAGACCCGCCGCUAUGAUGAGCUCGAGACCGGAGUCCCUCCCAGGAAAUCCAUUUCAUCGAUUGAGUUGGACCCCGCACAGCUCGUGCAGAGUGUCUACAACCCUGCAAGGCUUGAACCGGAGGAUGGACACGUGCUGGAAAGUCUCGAAGGAUUCUUCGAGACUCUUGCUACCGCGACGAUGACACUCCUGCGGCGUGUACAAAUCGAGGCAAUCGCUGGAGAAAUGGCCGAUAUACUGGAGCGAAUACGGUACGACGGCUUAGGGUAUUGCUCUCAGAAGCCCCUAAAGGUUGGAGCUAUCGAUGCAACUCAUUUUCCGCGGCAAUAUAACAGGAUUCACAUGAGAAAUAUCCCGGACUACGUCGGUGGACCUUUGGCCGCCCUCCUGUAUGGUGGCCCUCUUCUUCGUGAGGAUAGACCGUCAAAUCUGAGAUUCAAUAACCUGCUUAAUCCACCCAUGCUCGAAAGACACGAUCAGUUUCUGACAGAGUAUAUACUCGUGUACGACGCCAAGCAGGUGGCCGAUCACUUCGGGCUGGUGAAAGAGCAAGAAACUGGCGAGGCCAUCUUAAAUCCCAUUGCGAAGAUGAUCGGCAAUCAGUUCAUGACCGAAAACCACUUCAUUCGGGCUCGAUCUGGCGCCAUGGAAACGCAAAGGUCCCGUCUCACGACACGACCUGCUCUGGAAAAAUGGCAGCACUCUUACUUGCUCAAGAUCUGCGUUCCUUAUCGUCGCCCUCUGUGGAGUGAUAGCCCAGUUCAUCCUCCGCUAAAUUCGACUGCAUUUUUAAGGAUUGUGCUCCGUCUGCAUGAGGUUGGAUAUCCAGCGCACUGGCUGGCAGACGUGCUUGCAAGUAUCUGCGAGGGCAGCAUCACGACGACUGCACGUUCUGCCCGGAAGUUGGUACCUCAUCCGAAUGACCUUAAAACGUCUUACCCGCACCGCAAAAUCAGCUUGGGUCCAUGGAAAGCCGAGUUAACCACAUUGUUCAGCCUCUGGCGCCGCCUCUUGCCCUUCGGUACCGUCACUCCUCUAAGCGCAUUGGCAUAUCCGGUUGAAGUCCUAGAAUGCGGCAUUUCAUUUCCUAACUUCGUUGAGAAGUUCACCAGAGCUCCUUAUGUCAAUGUUGUGUUCACCAACAUGACCAUGGUCGGCUCAAGAAAGCUUGAUCUCCCAGACCACCUCCAAGACGAUGAAGAGGGGGAUGAAUCUGAUUAUGCCAAACGUUUGCGAGAAGAGAGCGUGCAUAUUAUCACAGCUUUCAAGUAUGUGACAGACACAAGGAUGGCUACGUGUUGGCUGCGUUAUUACUGCGACUGUAACGCCGGUAUCGCGAUCCCUGGGAUUUUUAGGGAAUUGGGCGACUCAGAAAUGAUUGGCUGCCGGAUGAGGUUAUUAUGUUGUUUAUUUUUCGGCAUCAUAUCAGGCGAACGCCCGAUUGAGCAUGCCCUGGUUAAUCGCAAAAUCUGCUCCCUGCUGAUCAUCCUAGAGUGGUUCGUGGUUGGCCCCAACACCUUACACAGAUAUCUGCACACCUACUCUAAGACCCAUUGA